AUGGAUUGCGAAAUGCACGAGAUAGAGCCACGAGUGCUGACAGAAUAUGGGCUCAAUACGUUUUCGCGGAAAGAAAUGGCGCCAGUUCUCAGAAGUCCCGGUAUACAUGGGGAAAAUAUCUUGCGGAAUAUCUACUACUAUCACAUUCGUGUACGCGAGAACGCACACCUUAUCAACUGGAGGUUCGUCCGAGGAAACCCCGAGAGAAAUCACUUCGGCUCAACGCGCUUUGCCACGAAGGAAGACGCAAAAGAGUUCCUGGUCGAAACACUCGCGUGGCCUAUUGAUGAUGACAACGAGGAUGGUCCUAAGUGCCCAGUCAUAUUUCUCGGCCACUCAGUCAAGAACGACCUGCAGAUGCUGCAACAAGACCUUGGUAUCGACCCCAAAUUCGACAGCAACGUCGUCGCUAUCAUCGAUACCCAGAAGAUCGCGAAUGAGCAGGGUAUUCGUGGAAAGGGCCAGCAAAUCGGACUUCCAAUUUUGAUCCAACACUUCGGCGUGGAGUUUCGCGAUGGUCACACAGCUAGUAACGAUGCGGCGUACACCAUCAUCAGUGCCGUACAGAUGGUCUUGAAGAAUUCGCUGCCGACCGACCCAACCCGCUCGCUGCAGGACGUUGUGAACGGUGUCGCUGAGGAUAAUAGAAAGAGGGGUGAGGAGUAA